GCCACAGCUUGCCUGACCCACCGCUCCGCUCCCUCGGCCCUCCUGACGGCCUGGCCUGGCCUGGCUGACGGCGGGCUCUUCUCUCUGUGGCCGGACGCCCUCGGGCUGUGGGGACUCGUCAGCCGGUGAGGGGGACCCAGGGGUGCGGGCCUGGUGUGGAGAGAUCACGGAGACCGGGCUACAGGGAGCCCCGGACCGGGGGUGAGCACAGACCCUCCCUGCCCACCCGUGUGUCAGGAAGCCGCGCCCUCUCACAACGUCAUAGCCCACCCCUCCCCACCCCGGCUUCCCUGAGGAUCCCGGGGAGCCCCUCCGGGGCUUCCAGAAAUCCCAGCGAUCCCUCCCGACGCUCCCGCCCCUUCUGCCUCGCCCUGCCGUACAGCCUUCCCUGCCCUCACGCGCUCGGGGCUGCUUCUGGAACCAGACACGUUCCUCUCGGGGGCAUAAACAUCUGAGUACACGCCAUGCGGGAGCCGUGGACUCCAGGGGCCAUGAGCACAGACGGCUCUUCUCUGUGUCUCCAGGUACCUUUCACCGAGGUCUCUCGUGUCCUGCACUCGAAGCCUCACUUGUCUUUCGUGUCACCCGGGUUCCCCGUCUCCUUAGACUCCCGGGCUCAGCUCUGCCGCUUUGUCACCGUGUGUAUCUUCACGUGCACCGGUCAGCAUGCUUCUGCCCACCUGGGCCAGCCGGAUGGGUAUUGCUGGGUCCCUAAUGGCCCGCGCACCACGCGGAGGCCCCCGCCCGUCUCCAAGGACGCGACAGAGAAGGACACAGUGGUCUCCUUGCUCCACGCCCACCGGGCCCGUAAGCAGAGCACCUUCAUAGAGUUCCGUGGCGGAUGCCAGCCCGUCACGGUUGGAGGCAGAUGCCUGGGUCCCGGGGAGGACCGGCUUGGAGGGGCGGUGCCCUUGUUGGCCGAGGGGCCCCGGGCCGAGCCACCUCUCUCCCCUCCUCUCAGGUGGCCUUGGGGCAUCAUGAGGAGAAGUAUUUCUCAGGCCUGGAGCCCCAGGCGGUGCUGGAGCAGUUCCAGGAGGAACUGGGCCCAGUGUGGAGCCCAAGGCGGGACUUGAACUCGUGACCCUGAGAUCAAGAGUCCCAUGCUUUUUUUUU